AUGAUGCCUCGACUGAGGCCUCGAAGAAAACAUAGAAAAGCAGCAGCAGCAAACCUCAGCCGCCGCCCCUCCGUCCGCUUCCCCUCUGCUGCUGCUGCUGCUGGUACUGCCGCUGCUGCUUCUGGGAGCAGCAGCAGAUCCAGCAGCAAGGGCGUUGAUGCUGCUGCUGCAGCAGAAAAUCCUCCUCCUGCUGCUCCUGCUGCUGCGGGGGAGCCUUCCGUCUCGCCUCUGCCGCAUACUGCUGCGCACCGCCAACCUCAGCAGCAGCAGCAACAGCAGCAGCAGCAUCAUCAUCAUCAUCAUCAUCAUCAUCAUCAUCAUCACCAUCAUCAUCAUCAUCAUCAGCAGCAGCAGCAGGCUUCUUCUGUUGUUGGAGAAGCGGAUGUGGUUGCUGCUGCGGAUGCUGCUGUUGUUGCGGGUGCUGCUGCUGGGGAUGAGGCUGAUGCUGGUGCUGCUGCUGCUGCUUGUGAUAGUGCUGUUGGUGCUGGUGAUGAAGUUGCUCCUGCUGCUUGUGUUAGUGCUGCUGCUGCUGCUGCUGCUGCUGCUGCAGCGCUGAAUCUGCGUAUGAUAUUUGCUGCUGCAAAUCGCAUGGGGGCCCAGCAGGAGGUCUCUAAGGGGGCCCCCCGUGAGGCAGCAGCAGCAGCAGCAGCAACAGCAGCAACAGCCGCUGCAGCAACAACAGCAGCAGCAGCAACAGCCGCAGCAGAAGAAGCAAGGACUGACAGUGCCUCCUUAGCCUCCGGCGAAACAGCAGACGCACCUGCAUCAACUGCAGCAUCAACAGCAGCAUCAACAGCAGCAACAGCAGCAGCAGGAGCAGCAGCAGGUAUUGCUGUAGAGAAUGCUACGUGCAGCGCAGAGUCCACAUCAUCAUCAUCAGCAGCAGGAGAAGCAGCAGAAGGAAGUACUGCAGGCGAAUCAGCAGCAGCAGCAGCAACAGCAACAGCAGCAGCAGCAAGCGAUGCUGCAUCUGCUGGGGAGCAGCCUUCUCUAAGUCGUAGGGAGGUGACAGCCCCUAGGCGCUUUGUUGAAUUCCCUUUCUUUCAAUACUGGUUUCUUCAAGGUGUAUCCGCAUUAAAAGAUAAACCCGUCGGCAUUAAAAGUGCAGCAAAAAAAGCAAACAAACUUCUCAUCAAAAAACUCCUCAAACCCUUACUCCGGCAAGUACAAGAAUGGGCUGACAGCAAAAACAACAACAACAACAGCAGCAGCAGCAGCAGCAGCAGUAAUAGUACUAGUAGUAGAUGUAGUAGCAACGAGUUGGAGGUUAAAGAGAAUCCUCUGGCUUAUAUUAAUUUAUUUUCACAUGACUUUGCAGAUCGCAGAAUCAUCAUUUUGCUGCUGCGCAUUAACUGCAUUUUACACCUCCCGCAGCAGCAGCAGCAGCAGCAGCAGCAGCAGCAGCAGCAGCAGCAGCAGAUCGGCACAUAA